AUGGGCACUGACAAUCAUUCUACAGCAGUUGUGUUUGUCUUGGUGGGGUUAACACAGCAGCCUGAGCUCCUGUUGCCCCUGUUUCUUCUGUUCCUGGGCAUCUAUGUGCUGACAGCAGUGGGGAACCUGGGCCUGAUCCUUCUCAUCACAGUCAGCCCACUGCUGCACACUCCCAUGUACUAUUUCCUCAGCAGCUUAUCCUUUGUUGAUCUCUGCUAUUCCACUGUCAUUACACCCAAAAUGAUGGUGAACUUCCUUGGGAAGAAAAAUCUGAAUGUCUACUCAGAGUGCAUGGCCCAGCUUUUUUUCUUUGUAAUCUUUGUGGUGGCUGAGGGAUACCUCCUGACUGUUAUGGCAUAUGACCGCUAUGUGGCCAUCUGCAGACCAUUGCUGUAUAAUGUGAUAAUGUCUUCUAGACUCUGCUCACUGCUAGUGCUAGUUGCAUUCAUGUUAGGCUUUAUGUCUGCCGUAGCACACACAAGUGCUAUGAUGAAUCUGAGCUUCUGUAAGUCCCACAUCAUAACCCAUUAUUUCUGUGAUGUUCUUCCCCUCCUAAAUCUCUCCUGCUCUGACACAAAGCUGAAUGAGCUUCUUCUAUUUAUCAUUGCAGGCUUCAACACCUUGGUGCCCACCCUAGCUGUUGCUGUCUCUUAUGUCUUUAUCUUCUGCAGCAUUCUUCACAUCAGGUCAUCAAAGGGCAGGUCCAAAGCAUUUGGAACCUGCAGUUCUCAUCUCAUGGCUGUGGGGAUCUUCUUUGGGUCUAUCACCUUCAUGUAUUUCAAGCCUCCUUCAAGUCACUCUCUGGAGCAAGAGAAGGUGUCUUCUGUGUUCUAUACCACAGUGAUCCCCAUGCUGAACCCAUUAAUAUAUAGUUUGAGAAACAAGGAUGUAAAGAAAGCAUUGUACAGAUUGCUGGCAGGGAGAUAA